AAUCUGAUCCAAUCCACAAGAGAUCAACAUCCCCAACCUGUGUUCCCAACUAGGAGACUCGAACUCGUGGACGAUACAGUGGAAUCUGAUUUCACCGAACCUUCACAGCCUUACAAGCGAUAUUGCGUUGUUUAUCGUAGGUUUUCGCCUCCACACUGAUCUCUGCUCGCCAUCGUAACUUGACGGCUCACUGUUGGGCUUCGAGGCACUGUACCUUGACCGACGCCGAGCUUGGUGUUUGGCGAGGUGCACUCGCUGUCAUUUCGCGUGGGCGCCGGGUUCGGCGUUGGUUUGGCGCGGCUUCUGUACCGCUGAGCGACAAGUGUGACUGACCGCUGCGACGCUCGGAACCCCGUUGCACGACACAGGACCAUGUUCCGGCGCAAACUGACCGCACUUGGCUUCCACAGCCCAGACACCUUCAACGUCCAAAGCAUCGGCCAGCUGCGCAGCUUGGUGGCCUGGCUGGAGGACCAGAAGAUCCGCCACUACAAACUCGAACAGCGUGGCACCCUGAGGCAGAUCGAGGACCCCGGUUGGGUGCAGGCCUUUCACGCGUACCUGCGGGACCUUGGCUGCCCCCACGACCCUGCGGACGAGCGUGCAGUACUCGACUGGCUGUUGGGACUCGCCGUGCACCUCGAGUACUCGGACACCCCCGACAAGUUUGCGGUGGACUGCGAGCAGCCGGACUCCAAGGGACCCACCUUGGUGCACAGCAACCCGUUGGACGGCAUGGACUUCGAGAGCACGGAGUUCCGGCAGGGAGUGGCCGCCCUCGCACAGCUGCUCAACAUCAGCCCCCACCCGGACCACCUGGUGACCCUGCAGGCAGUGUGCAGCAUGGUGCAGGACAAGCUGGCCCCCGGCAAGAAGCAGGCUGGCCAGCAGGGCAAACCGUAUCCGCUCAAGGAGAGCGCUCUGGGCUUUGACUCUGGAGACCCCGUGCUGAACCAGGCGGCCAAGGUUCUCCGCCUGCUCUAUGUGCACGACCUGCGGGACCUGCAGACGCGCAUCAACGAGGCCAUCGUGGCCGUGCAGGCCAUCACGGCGAACCCCAAGACCGACACCCGGCUGGGCAAAGUGGGCCGCUGAGCCCCAGGCGGAGGCUGCACGCGCCUUGAAGGGGUCUUAGGUUCUUCAAAUUGGAAAUAAACGUGCGACGUCUGACCCGCC